CCUCUCUCUCUAGUUCUCUCUCCCUCUCCCUGAUAUUAUUGUCAUAAUCAUCAUCAUCCCUUGUACAGUCCAAACGCGGUAUCCUCCAAGAGCCUCAUUUACCCCACAGUAACUUAGCUAUAGGAGCUAGUUCUAGGUUCCCCAUACGAAGCUACAUCCCAGCGCCCAACUAGCUCUAUCGCUCCAACAUCAACCAUUGUUCGUACGACUAUCACUGCUAUUAUGGAUCGAGCAGCAGCAGAAGUCAACGGCAAGGCGCCUCUUCACGGCAGCGGUGCCAGCCCACAUGACACUGACCCUAUCGUCAAGGUCCAACCUCCUCGCCGCGAAGAUCUCCAAACAUCCUAUGCCCAAAUCAUCAAGGCCGAUACCGAAGACGACUCCCAACAUGGCUGGUACGGUGGAAUGGUCAACACUCUAGGCUCUAUCAUUGGUGCCAUAGGCGCUAUUCCCUGCUGCAUCGUCUGCCCCAAUCCAUACAAACCCGUCGCCCAAGGAAACGUGGGUCUCGUCACCAAGUUUGGUCGUUUCGCAAGAGCUGUAGACCCAGGACUGGUCAAGAUCAACCCUCUUUCCGAGGCUCUGAUUCAGGUGGAUGUCAAGAUCCAGAUUGUGGAGGUGCCAAAGCAGGUCUGCAUGACCAAGGACAAUGUCAAUUUGACCCUCACAUCGGUCAUCUACUAUCGCAUUACUUCUCCGCACAAAGCUGCCUUCGGCAUCUCCAACCUGCGCACUGCGCUUGUGGAGCGCACCCAGACCACCCUCCGCCACGUCAUUGGCGCAAGAGUACUGCAAGAUGUCAUCGAGCGCCGCGAGGAGAUUGCCCAGUCGAUCCGCGAAAUCAUUGAUGAGACCGCGACAGGAUGGGGCGCAGAGGUGGAGUCCAUGUUAAUCAAGGACAUCAUCUUCAGCCAGGAACUCCAGGACAGCUUGUCCAUGGCCGCGCAGAGCAAGCGAACUGGUGAAGCCAAGGUCAUCAGUGCCCGUGCUGAAGUCGAGAGCGCGAAGCUGAUGCGACAAGCUGCCGAUAUCCUGUCGAGCGCUCCUGCUAUGCAGAUCAGAUACCUCGAGGCUAUGCAAACCAUGGCGAAGACUGCGAACAGUAAGGUCAUAUUCUUGCCGGCGCAGAACCAGACUGUGCAGAGCCAGCUUGCUAUGGCUGAGCAGUAUGGCGAGGGACCGAGCAGUUACCGCGAUUAUGGUACGACCAACAACGGCAAUGCCGGUAGUAAUGAGUUCUCUGGCAACACGCACGGAUUCCAGAGUGCGGUCAAUGCGAGGGUAGUGGAGAAUAUGUGAGAUGCCUACGACGAUUGCUGGAAUCAGAAUGCACCGUACGCGAGUCGCGAGAUUGUUUGAUAUGCACCGCGAGUAUGAUGUUACGAGCUACGGGAUUGUAUGUUUCGGUUAUAGUUUGUGAGUUGUUUGAUACCCAGAUAUGUAGUCUUGUUACCUGUAUGCUCGCUUUUCGAUCCAGUAUCCUCCUACGUCGACUUAUCUCGAAAAGCC